AUGCUCACUGCCUCUGUCUUGCAUCCAACUCUAAUGCUCUGCUCGUUGGCUGCCCCCUGGCUUGCAAAGCCUGAGGCCCUCUUCCACAGCCGGGACUGCUUAGACCUGGAGCUGUCCCCUCUGUACCAGGCCAGGCCCAUUGCUGACGUCCAGGCUGCUCAGAGAUUCUUAUCCAGCUAUGGCUGGUCAGGACUGUCUUCAGUCUGGAGUCGCAACCUCAGGAGGACAGCAGAGGCACAGGCCAGUAUCACCCUCGCUGAAGCCAUGCGAAAAUUCCAGAAAACCAAUGUGUUGCCAGUCAGUGGGAAGCUGGACAAAGUCACACUGCUGGCCAUGAACAAGCCACACUGUGGUGUUCCUGACACGCAGUUCCCACCCCAAGCCACUCCGUCAACCCCUCCAGCUCUGUCAACCCCUCUAGGUCAACAGCCCAGAUCCAGACGAAAGUGAUUCCUGCAAAUGCUGCUACCCAGGCUGGAAAGGCAGCAGAAGGACUCCUCAGACAGUGGGGCCACCAGGACCUUCUCCAAAAAGAUUCUGACCUGGAGGCUGGUGGGCAAGGCCUACAGCAGCCAGCUUUCUGUGGAUGAGCAGAGGUACAUUUUCAAACUGGCCUUCAGGAUGUGGAGCGAGGUGACCCCCCUGAACUUCAAGGAGGACCUCACUGGCCCUGGGGCUAUGGUGGACAUAAAACUGGGUUUUGGGAAAGGCCAGCACUUGGGCUGUACUCAGGUGUUUGAUGGGAGCAGGCAGGGGUUUGCUCAUGCCUGGCGCCUGGGUGAUACCCACUUCGAUGACCAUGAUCACCUCACGCCUCCCUCCUGUGACAUGGGCAUCAGCCUUCUCCAAGUGGUUGUCCACGAGAUCGACCAUGUCCUGGGCUUGCCUGACAUCUACAGGACGGGAUCCAUAAUGCCACCAAAUUAUAUUCCCCAGGAGCAUUUUGAGUUGAACUGGUCAGACAGAAGAGCAAUUUAAAAGCUGUAUGGUUCCUUUGAUGUUGCAUUUAACUGGAUUUGCAAUGAGAGAAACCAAUAUGGUGAAGUGAUGGUGAGAUUUACCACGUAUUUCUUCUGCAACAGCUGGUACUGGCUUUAUGAAAAUAGAAACAACAGGACGUGCUACAAGGAUCCUAUCCAAAUACUCACUGGCUGGCAUGGGAUCCCGAUGCAAAACAUAGAUGCAUUUGUCCACACACAGAGAAGAGAUAAGCAUUAUUUUUUUAAAGAAAACCAAUACUGGAGAUACGACAGUGACAAGGAUCAGUCUAUCCUAGAAGAUGAACAAAGAAGACACUACCCCAGACUGAUUUCAGAAGUGUCUGGCAUCCCCAGCCCCUUAGACACUGCCUUUUAUGACCGAAGGAAGCAGUUAAUUUACUUCUUCAAGGACUCCUUGGUAUUUGCAUUUGAUGUCAACAGAAAUCAAGUACUUAAGUCCUAUCCAAAGAAGCUUACUGAAGUCUUUCCAGCAAUGACCCCACAAAACCAUCCGUUCAGAAACAUAGAUUCAGCUUACUACUCCUACGCACACAGCUCCGCUUUCUUUUUCAAAGGCGGUGCCUAUUGGAAAGUAGUUAGUGAGAAGGACAAACGGCAGAAUCCCUGGCUUCCCUCUAAUGGUUUAUUUCCAAAAAACUCUGUUUCAGAGAAGUGGUUUGAUGUUUGUAACAUCCACGUCUCUACACUUACCAUGUAA